UAGUACGAUAUGUCUAAACGGAAAAAUACAACGGUUAAGAAAGGUCGCGCGAAAUCGAGGAAGGUCGAAUACGAUGAGGAGGAUAUUUCGAGCGAGCACGAGUCCGAUGUAGAAGACGCCGAGAGUGGCACUAAUGUCGACGGUUAACACAAAUAUUGAUGCUAAAACGGUGACCCCGAAGAAGAAUCUCAAGUCAUACCGAUGUUAAUGAGCCUGGCGAUCAGUACGUAACGACAUUUCUGUGGUCAUGAAUAUGAAUAACGGCUUGGUGGAAGAUCCUGCGGCAUCGAUACGCAUGGAGGUUGGGGUAAGCCCGGCACAUUGCUUAUGUGUGGUCUGACAAAUUGGGAAAUGGCAGGCCGUAAAGCACCACCGAAAUCGCUCAAGACAAAUGUAGGACGUAGUUUGUGGACUCCGCAUACUUUUAAGAAUUUAAACGGCGCGCGUGUGAGAUUGAUUGCCUCUGGACCUGCUGCUUCCCAUAAUAUUAUUGUUACGGAGGAUAAUAGAUGCUUGACUUUUGGUAAAAAUGAUAAAGGUCAGUUGGGUGUUGGUGAUACUAAACGUCGGGAUGAACCAACUGAAGUAGAAGCAUUAAAGGGACACACUAUUAUAGCAGCAUCUUGCGGUCGUAAUCAUACGCUUUUCUUAACCAGUCGUGGUUUAGUAUUCGCCGCUGGGGACAAUAAGUUAGGACAGUGUGGAGUAGGAAAAUCUGAUCCUUGUAUAGUGAAAGCUAUGAAAGUUAAAUAUUCUGGACCUCCUAUAGUAAAAGUAGGGUGUGGAGCAGAAUUUUCUAUGAUCUUAGAUAUUAAAGGUGGUCUACAUUCUUUCGGAUGUCCAGAAUAUGGUGUACUAGGUCAUAAUACAGAUGGAAAAUAUUUUAUAACAAAUACGAAGAUGGCGUUUCACUUCGAGAAAGUGCCUAAACGAAUCGUUUUAUAUGUAGAAAGAGGUAAAGAUGGUCAUGUCACGCCAUUAGAUCGUGUUGAAAUUACAGAUUUCAGUUGUGGUCAUUAUCACACGGUUGCAAUCGAUAGUAAAAAUCGUGCGUUUUCAUGGGGAUUUGGAGGAAUCGGUCGAUUAGGUCAUAACGAACAAAGAGAUGAAUUAGUGCCACGUUUAAUUAAAUUUCUCGAACCACCUAAUCGAGGUAUUAGAUCUAUCGCCUGUGGUAGUACUUACAGUAUUGCAAUUAAUAUCCAUGGUUCAGCACUUAUGUUUGGACAGACUAAACGUACAGGAGAAGCUAAUAUGUAUCCAAAACCUAUUCAAGAUUUAUCAGGUUGGGAAAUCAGAUGUAUUGGAUGUUCACAAAGUAGUAUAGUAGUUGCAGCAGAUGAUUCUGUUAUUGCCUGGGGAGGCAGUCCCACAUUUGGGGAAUUGGGUUUUGGUGAAAUGCGCAAAUCGUCGACUACUCCUAUGGAAGUAAAGGCUGUAGAAGGUUUAUACAUUACAGCGGUUACUUGUGGUGUCUCUCAUACAUUAAUGAUCUGUCGAGAUGAUACCGAACAUGAGAAAGCUAAAAUUAAUAAACUUCCAGUAUAUUCUGUUUAAUUAUUACAUAAUUUCUUGGAUUGAUAAAUAUAUGGGAUACAAUGAUUACCACAUCUUUAUACAAAAAAACUGGAAAGAAUGUUUUAAUUCUAUAUACAAGUGUAAUCAUAUCCCAACAAACAAGAUCAGCCUAACAUCAGGGAUGCAUUGUAAAAAGAUUUAAGCUAUCUUUGCUUGGGUCCAGAAACAGUUGCAGCAUAGAAAUGCUCAUUUCCUUGAAAAAAAAGUCUUAGCAGACUGCAAAAUACGUCCAUAUAAAACAUAGACUUAGCUAUUACUCUACUUUGUACUUCCAAUUUUUACUUAAUCUGUAAAUGACAGUUCAUCUGUAAUAGUAAUCCCUUUCUGUUAGUAGCUCAGGAUAUAGACCAAACAGAUAGAUGCAAAAAUAUAUUUUGAUACGUUGCUAUUUUAUUGGAGUUCGCUGUAACUUUUAACCACAGUGAAAGUGAUUAUUUGUAUGAGAAAAAGUGCUGGGAACUGGAAAUUGUUAAGAAAGUUUUAUUUCUAUCAUUCAUUGUAGUGAAUUUAUAAUCUUGUAAUCUAUACCAUUGAUUCAUUACGGUAGUACCUGAAUCAUUGCACCCAUAGAAAUUUUUAUAUAAGUACAAUAUAAUACAUGACAUAUAUAGAUACAUAAAAAUAAUUCACAUGUCCAAUGAUUUAUAAACAAUAUUUUAAUGACUUAAUAUUUAUGGAGUAUGGCCAAUAAUUUUAUUUGAUUUUAGCGUGUAAGAAAUGAUUACUUCCUUGAAACCAGCAUUAUUUGUCAUACUUUUUUUGUAUGAAAAUUAAUUUUUUAUUGUAUACAUGCAGGAAGUGAAGUUUCAGUGAAUAUUAUAUAUUGUUGGCUAUUGUAUUAUUAUGCAAGGCAUUCCAAGAUUUAAACUAUCACAAUUUACAAGUAUCUGGAAUUCCUUGUAUCUCAACUUUUUCACAACUAUUUAAACUUAUCCAUUUUAUUAUUAUUAUUAUUAUUAUUAUUAUUAUUAUUAUUAUUUUAAGAAUUUUAAAAUGAAAUAGAAUAUUGAUUUUACAUUUAUUUUGUACUAUAUGUGCAGAAUGAUUAUAAACUUAUAUUUACAUUUUAUAAGACAAAUUGUAAAGAACACUGCCAAAAUGUGUUUAAACAUUUUUUUUAUUGUGACACGUCCGGUAUUUAAUCAUUCCAUUUCGUUCUAUGUAAUACUCUUAUGCAGAUUUUGCACUAAAACGAACUUGUUUUAAUGAAUUUGUAACGAAUGUACAAGUAUAAUUGUCAAAUAAAUGAAAUUUUUAAGAAAAA